AUGGAUAUGCCAUCAGCGGAUGAAGGUAUAAGGGCUGAUUACCCUAACCGAGACGAUAGAUAUGAUCAACGACAGCAAAUUCGAAAUGAGAAUAAUCCAGUAUCCAAUGCAAACAUGAACGAAUCUGCCCCUUCUUUUGAUGCUGAUAGUGCCAGCUUCUCGAAUAUGGAAAGAACAGACACUCGCAGAACGGAAGGUGGUUAUGGUGAAACGGAAGGUAACGCUGUCGACAUUGAUGGUGCUAUUGAGCGAUAUCAAUCUAUCCGCCGUGAGUUUACUGCUCAAUCUCGCAGAAAAUCCUCAAUUGCUGCUACUUCUGGUGCUGCCGCUGCUGCUGCCAGUGCCGAUGUCGAGAAGGGAGAACAACAAGACUUUGAUUUGACUGAAUAUCUCACUGAGCAACACUCUCAAAUCAUGGCUGCUGGCUUGAAGCCCAAAAAUAUGGGCGUCAUUUGGAAGAAUCUCACUGUGCAAGGUUUAGGUGCUGAUGCCAAAGUGAUCUCUACCAAUUGGACUUGGAUCACAUCCUUUGUACAAUUCUGGAAAUGGGGAAAGCAUCAAGGCACUGAUUUCACCAUUCUAAAAAACAACAAUGGUUUCUGUAAGGCAGGUGAAAUGCUUCUCGUACUUGGUCGUCCUGGUGCUGGUUGUACUUCUUUACUGCGAGUGCUCGCUAACAUGCGUGCUUCUUACACGAGCAUUGAGGGUGAAGUGACUUAUGGUGGCAUUGAUGCUGAGGAGUUUGGUAAGCACUUCAGAGGAGAAGUCUGUUACAAUGAGGAAGAAGAUUUGCACUAUCCUACUUUGACUACGCAACAAACACUUCGUUUUGCUCUCAAAAACAAGACUCCUGGAAAGCGUCUUCCCGGUGAAUCCAAGGCAGAGUUUAUUGAUAAGCUUCUUUACAUGCUGGGAAACAUGCUUGGUUUGACAAAGCAAAUGAACACCAUGGUCGGUAAUGCCUUUGUGCGUGGUCUCUCUGGUGGCGAACGUAAGCGUCUCUCUAUUGCUGAACAAAUGACCACUCGUAGCUCCAUCAACUGCUGGGAUUGCGCCACUCGUGGUUUGGAUGCCUCUUCUGCUCUGGAUUAUGUCCGCUCUCUCCGUAUCAUGACUGACAUCCUCAACAAGACGACCAUCUCUACUCUUUAUCAAGCCUCAGACAGUAUCUUUCAUCUCUUUGACAAGGUCAUGGUGCUGGAUGAAGGUCGCUGCAUCUACUUUGGUCCUACUAGCACUGCAAAGGAGUUUUUUGUCGACAUGGGGUUCUAUUGUCCUGACCGUAAGUCAACGCCUGAUUUCUUGACUGGUCUCUGUAACAUGAAUGAACGUGAAUACCGUGAAGGUUUCGAAGGAAAUGUGCCUGUCAAUGCUGUUCAAUUUGAAAAAGUAUACGAGGAGUCUGCUCUGUUUGCCAAGAUGAUGCAAGAACGUGAUGAAUAUGAACAAAAGAUCAAUCAAGAUCGUCCUGCCGAGACUUUUAGAGAAGCAUUCAAUGAUGCUCAUCAAAAGCAUGCUCCCAAACAUUCUCCCUUUGUCGCAACGUAUCUGGAGCAAGUCAAGGCUCUUACUGUUCGUCAAUUCCAAUUGAUUCUUGGUGAUAAGGGUGCACUUGUCUCUCGUUAUGGUGGUGUUGUUGUCAAGGGUCUAAUCAUGGCUUCUGUCUUUUUCAUGAUGCCUCAAGAUGCCAGUGGUGCUUUCUCUCGUGGAGGUGCCUUCCUGUUUUCUCUCUUGUUCAAUGCCCUGAUUGCUCAGUCAGAGCUCAGUGCGUUCAUGCAAGGAAGACGGGUACUAGAAAAACACAAACAUUUCGCUUUAUAUCAUCCCUCUGCCUUUUACAUUGCUACUGUUAUUUCUGAUGUCCCUCUGGCGUUGAUUCAAGUCAUUAUCUUUGAGAUUUGUGUGUACUUUAUGAUGGGUCUUCAAUUGGAAGCUGGCAGAUUCUUCACAUUCUUUAUUGUGCUCGUCAUGACCAAUCUUUGUAUGAACGGCUUCUUCCGUUUCUGGGGUGCUGUUUCUCCCAAUUUCUUCACUGCCUCUCAACUGUCCAGUAUUCUUUUGAUUGCUGCUUUGAUUUACUGUGGUUAUCAGAUCCCCUACACGCAAAUGCACCCUUGGCUCUUUUGGAUCUACUGGAUCAAUCCGCUAGCGUACGGCUACAAGGCUUUGAUUUCUGAUGAAAUGAGAAACUUACAGUUUUCUUGCAAAGGUGCCAACUCGGUUCCUUACGGUCCUACAUACACAGAUCAAGAAUACAAGACUUGUAUUCUCCCUGGUGCUGCACCUGGUGCCUCAUACAUCUUGGGUGAUGAUUAUCUGGCUGUCAACUAUGGCUACUAUGUCUGGCAACGUUGGAUCAACUUUGUAGCUGUUGUGCUCUUCUUCUUUUUCUUUACCAUUCUCACUGCCCUGGCUAUGGAGUAUGUGGAUUUGCAAAAGGAGGGUUCCAUCACCAAGGUCUACAAGAAGGGUUGUGCUCCUGAAACUGAUUCGGACGAGAAACUGAUGCAACAAGUAACCACCGUCAAUGAUCAAGAGAUGGAAGCUGUUACUGAUGGUACUACAUUCUCAUGGCACCACAUUGACUACACUGUACCUGUCAAGGGAGGCACUCGGCAACUGUUAAACGGCGUUGGUGGUAUAGUCAAGCCGGGGCAUCUCUGCGCCUUGAUGGGUUCCUCUGGUGCUGGUAAAACUACUCUGCUUGAUGUGCUGGCCAAGCGUAAGACCAUUGGUAAGAUUGAAGGUCGCAUCUACCUGAACGGUGAACCCCUCGGUCCUGACUUUGAACGUACUACUGGUUACUGUGAACAAAUGGAUGUCCACAAUCCCAAUGCCACUGUACGUGAAGCCCUUCGAUUCUCUGCUUAUCUGCGACAACCUCAAAAAGUACCCAAGGAAGAAAAGGAUGACUAUGUAGAGCAAAUCAUUGUGCUCAUGGAAAUGCAAAAGAUUGCCGAUGCCUUGAUUGGUGAUCUCGAAGCUGGUAUCGGUAUCUCUGUAGAAGAGCGUAAACGUCUGACGAUUGCCACUGAAUUGGUCGGUAAGCCCAAACUGCUCUUCUUGGAUGAACCCACUUCCGGUUUGGAUGCCCAAUCCUCUUACAACAUUGUUCGUUUCAUUCGUAAGCUUGCUGAUGCUGGUUGGCCCGUGCUUUGUACUAUUCAUCAACCUUCUGCUACUCUGUUUGAACAUUUUGACCACUUGCUGUUGUUGAUGAGAGGUGGCCGUACUGCUUACUUUGGUGAGAUUGGUAAAGAUUCUCGCACCAUGAUCGACUAUUUUGAGUCGAAUGGUGGUCCCAAGUGUUCUCCUCAAGCUAAUCCUGCCGAGUACAUUCUGGAAUGUGUGGGUGCUGGUACAGCUGGCAAGUCUACCCAGGACUGGGCUGAUGUCUGGGCUGGGUCUCCUGAGGCCGAGGCUCUUGAACAAGAGCUAGAGGAUAUCCACUCUACUGUAGAUCAUACUGCCUCUCGCAAGGUGACCACCUACGCGCUUCCCUUCUGGGAGCAGCUAAAGCUUGUCUACCUGCGUAUGAAUGUCUCUUGGUGGCGCUGUCCUACUUACAACAUGGGUAGAUUGUUUAAUGUGUGUUUCAUUGGUCUUAUCUCUGGUUUCUCGUUCUGGAAGCUGGGCUCAACGCCUGCUGACAUGCAGAACCGUAUGUUCUCUGUGUUUACUACCUUGUUAAUGUCCAACGCCUUGAUUAUCUUGGCACAACCUCGCUUCAUGCAAGAAAGAAUGUGGUUUAGACGUGAGUAUGCCUCUAAAUACUACGGCUGGGCACCAUUUGCUUUGUCUUGUGUGCUAGUAGAGAUUCCAUACCUGAUUGUGCUUGGUACCAUCUUCUUGUUUUGCUUCUACUGGACUGCCGGCUUACAAAACGAAUCUGAUCGUAUUGGCUUUUUUUACAUUCAUUUCAUCAUGUUCCUGUUCUAUUCAGUCUCUCUUGGCUUCACAAUUGCUUCCUUCUCGGCGACACCUCCGAUGGCAGCUGUCAUUAAUCCAUUCUUUACGUCUAUUCUGAUUCUGUUUGCUGGUAUCAUGCAGCCACCAAGUGCAAUGCCUCGUUUCUGGAGCGCGUGGAUGUACUGGCUCGAUCCGUAUCACUAUCUAAUUGAGGGUCUGGUAGUCAACGUCAUGGAAGGUGUAGAAGUUGUAUGCGGAGAAGGUGAUUACCUCAUUGUGAACGCACCACCUGGCCAAACGUGUGGCGAGUACAUGCAAGAGUUCUUCAAUAACGGUGGACCUGGCUAUUUGGGCAAUCCUGGUGCUACUGGUUCUUGUAAUUAUUGUCAAUACAAGACAGGUAAUGACUUUUACGAAGAGAGAAUUGGCUGGAAUUUCAGCAACAGGUGGCGUAACUUUGGUAUUCUCUGUGCUUACACUAUCUUUAAUGUCAUGCUCUUUAUGUUCUUUGUCUUUUUGUUCAGAAAGCAAAAGCGUUGA